AAUACACAGUCGUCACAGAUGAUUAGCAGAUCUAUAGAUUCUAGAUCUAGAGUAAUCUAGUCUAACUAGAUCUAGAUUGUCCUAGGACGUAAUCUGGAUCUUUUUUGAACCUAAAGAAAUAUAUCUCCAUCUCACAAACUCAGCAGAGAAAAUGUCUGCAGUGGAGCUGGACCCUGUUUUUGUUAAAGCUCUGAAGCUUCUACACUCUAGAGCUAAAGAUAGUUCAGCCCAGUUAAAAGCAAUGCUAGACGAUGCCAUAGCUCAGCGCAAAGGUUUGAAGUUACCAUCCCAAAAUGUUGAUAGCCACAGCUCAAAGUCCAGUCCUAGUCGAUCUAAAAGUGAUGAUGACACCAAGAAAAAAGAUGCAGAAAAGCGACCGGCAGACAAAAUGCACAAAGACCUCUCAGAACCAGAUAUCAAGAAACUCAAACUGGAUUCUAAAUCAAAGAUUAGAGAUGAGAAGGAAGCAAGAGAGAGAGAAAAAGAGAAAGAAAGGCAGAAAAGGGAGAAAGAGAAAAAAGCUAAAGAGGAAAGAGAUGCCCAAAAGCAGAAGGAGAAGGCUGAAAAGGAAAGGAAAGAAAAAGAGUUGUCUACUAAACAAGAAACAGAAGUCAUGAUGAUAAGUGAUGAAGAGGAGCCUGCAUCUCAGAUGGAAACUGAAGACUUUGCCUUGGAAAUGGGGAUCGCAUGUGUUGUGUGCAGACAGUUUGAGGUCAGUUCAGGCAACCAGUUGGUAGAGUGUCAGGAGUGUCACACUCUCUACCAUCAGGAAUGUCACAAGCCUCCUGUAACAGAGGAAGACGUCAGUGACCCCAGAUUUGUUUGGUAUUGUUCUCGAUGUACCAAGAGUCUUAAAAAAAUGGUAACACAAAAGCCAGUGAAGCCAAAGCCACUUCCUCCAGUUUCUACCAGCUCAGGAUCUUCAACAUUGAAAGAAUCCGUUAGUUCCUCAGCAAAAUCUGGGAAAACAGAGACCAGUUCUAGCAGUAGUCAAGCUUUUAGAAGGAUAGACCCAAAAGCAAUAGUUACACCAAAGGAAGCCCCCAUUUUGUCCAGCACAACUUCCAAGCCAAUGGUGGGGCUUGAAGGGCUGGCUGCCAAUCUUGCCAAGCCUCGUGGGGAGUCCAAAGGUGGCUCCUCACGCAAGCCCGACCAGAAGGGGGAAGGUUCCAAGUCAUCCAACAAAGCCGAUGUGAAACCAAGUAGUGGGAAUAAAUCUGACAGCUCUUCGAAAUCCUCCUCCUCUUCCUCUUCCUCAAGCAAAAAUGACGAAAGAAAAACUGAAAGCAAGAGUUCUAACAAAGAUGAAAAGGAGAAAAAAUCUGGCAACAAAGGAGAUGAGAAAAAAUCGUCAGACGUUAAAUCUGUUUCUACUCCCUCAACACCCGCAUUUUCUCCUGCGUCCCAAACUUUGUCCAGCAAGGAGGACAAAAAGUUCGAAUCAACACUGAGAAGUGAGCCAACAGAACAAACGAAACCUGCCAAAUCUCCAGCCCAUCUUAGCAAGCUGGAGAUAUCCUCAGCGAAAAGCCUGUCACCACAACCUUUGGCCAGUCCUGCUCCCGAUUCCCCAACUUCCAGCAAAAGCAAUAGUACAGCCAUCAACAAGCAAGCAGUGGCCAACCUGUCCAUGGUCACAGCUAAUAAAAGAAUGCAAAUGAUGAAAAAAAAAGCCCAAACAAAACCAGAAAAGAAAAUUCACAUCAAAUAAAAUGAACAAUUUUAUGUCAUUUUGUAUGUAUUCCUGAUGAUGUCUUAGCUAUGAAAGCUAUGCAACAGUGAUCAUUCAUGUUAAUAGUAAAACAUUUGUACAUGUU